AUGAGAAUGCAAGGAACGUGGGGUACAGAAUUUGAGAUAUUGGCAGCUUGUGAUUUGUUACAAACAGAUAUAUAUAUAUUUACUAAUAAUAAAUGGUUGAAAUAUCCUGUAUUACAGAUUAACAAUAGUUAUACACCAGAAGCUAUUUAUCUUCACCAUAGAGAUGAGAAUCAUUAUGAAGUGGUUGAAAAUGUUGAAACAAAUGAACCUAUUAUAGUUAUUGAUGAUAAUGUAGAAACACAACUAUCAGGUAAAAGAAAACAUUUGAAAAAGAAACGAGGUAGUAGAUGGAGAUCUAUUAAAAAGCGAAGUAUUUAUUUUCAAAACUAUCAUUUAGUAAAGAAAGAACUAAAUUCUGGGCAAAAAGUCAGAUCAAACUGGAAACUUGCAUUUAGAACCAAAAGGGAAAUUAAUAGUUUGAAUAAAAGGAGGAGAAAACAAUAUCAGAUUAGUUAUAUUAAAGCUCAUUUAAAAAGAAAAUAUACAAAUCAAUUAAGGUCUAUACUACAUACUCAAUAUGAAACAAUACUAAAACCAAAACUUGAAGACAAAUAUCAAAAUGUAUUGAAACCAAAACUUGAAGACAAAUAUCAAAAUGUAUUAAAACCAAAACUUGAAGACAAAUAUCAAAAUGUAUUGAAACCAAAACUUGAAGACAAAUAUCAAAAUGUAUUGAAACCAAAACUUGAAGACAAAUAUCAAAAUGUCUUGAAACCAAAACUUGAAGACAAAUAUCAAAAUGUCUUGAAACCAAAACUUGAAGACAAAUAUCAACAUUUAUUGAAACCAAAACUUGAAGACAAAUAUCAAAAUAUCUUGAAACCAAAACUUGAAGACAAAUAUCAAAAUGUAUUGAAACCAAAUCUUGAAGACAAAUAUCAACAUUUAUUGAAACCAAAACUUGAAGACAAAUAUCAAAAUAUCUUGAAACCAAAACUUGAAGACAAAUAUCAAAAUGUCUUGAAACCAAAACUUGAAGACAAAUAUCAAAAUGUAUUGAAACCAAAACUUGAAGACAAAUAUCAAAAUGUAUUGAAACCAAAACUUGAAGACAAGUAUCAAAAUGUAUUGAAACCAAAACUUGAAGACAAAUAUCAAAAUGUAUUGAAACCAAAACUUGAAGACAAAUAUCAAAAUGUAUUGAAACCAAAACUGAAGAACAAAUAUCAAAAAAUCUUAAAACCAAAACUUAAGGUUAAAUAUCAAAAAGUCUUAAAAUGGGAAUUAAAAUGUAAAUAUAUAGAUGAAAUAAAGUUAAAACUGAAGCAAAG